AUGAGCGGCGCGGCUGCCACCGCCUCCGUUUUCUACGGGAUCAGCGUGCUCAGCGCGCAUCUCUUCGCCGCUGGCAUAGCGUGGGAGAAGACGACCUAUGCUCGCGAACUCCUCGAGGACGUUGCUGCCGGAUACUCGUUCCAACGGGACCGCUCCUCAGCCAUCUGCCUCCUCGACCUGCCACCUGAACUCCUCCAGCUUCUCCGUUCCCACCUCCUCAUCUGCGCGAGGCAGCAAGCCGAGACGGAGCUCCUCGACAUCAUACUUGCGGAAGGCUAUACCGAUCCGUGGUGUGAGAUUCACGGGGACAAGCAACGCGACGAGGUCUUGUCUCGCGACUGGGAGGCUAAGCGGGUCCUCACGACCGACAACUUCUUUGGCGUACGCCUGCGCUGGCUGAAGGAGAAGGAAUGCAUCUGCCUCCAGUCCAACAUGGAGGAGUUCUGGCUAGAUAUAGGAGACUUCGACUCCAGCCACAACACGCUCCUCCUGCAAGAGUACGGCUUGGAGGUUAUAGGCCGGCCUCUUCCCCUGCGUCGGACUUACUCACGCACUUCGCCCGAGGCGUACGUGGUGCCACUGUGCCUCGCGAGUCACUACUCUUCCCGCUGUGUAUCGGCCGAGGACGACGACGCAUGGCCACGCAAGCGCUGGAAGGAGGCGGAUUUGAGCCAGAUCGUCCUCGACGUCCCAACGGAUGCACUCAAGCGAUUCAAGCGUUUCCUCCUCGACUUCGACAUUCCUUCGGUUCAGGCGAGCUAUGGACAGGUCGGCAACGGCAGCAAAACGGGCAAGGAGGCGGGAAAGAAGCAGGAAGGCGUGCUCACCAGCCCUUCUCCGACGCCCACUUUCCUCCCGAACGAGCUCGAAGGUCUGUCAUGGGCGCAAGAGGCAGUGUUCUUGCCGCCGACCGAUCCCGCCCCGAGUGGUACUUGUUCACUCUGA